AUGCAAGAUCUAUUCGAUACACCUCCACCAUAUCAAGAACAAGCCGAUGGCAUCUACUUGCCUGACAUGGAUUUGAGUGCCUGGCCGUCAAGCUACUACGGGAGAACUCGUAGAAUUGAUUUGGCCAAAUUUUAUCAUGACAUUUUAAAAGCAAGUGGUCCUGCUGCCGCUGCAUCAAUCCAAGAUCAUCAGCGCAUUAAUCGCAGUAGUAGCAGUAGUAGCAACAGUAGCAGUAGUGAUACUGAUACAUCCGAUGCAGACACCAACAGCCUAUUACAACAAUUCGAUCAGUGGGAUCACAUCAGCCAUGGACUUUCGACUAUGCCCAAAAAGCAAGUGAGAUUUACAUCAGACCCACCACAGGUCUUUGAAUACGAGCCCGAGUAUCCUCUGCCGCAGAUCCACAAGGACCACUCUUUAUUCGAUGAUGGAUGGCCUGGAAGAACCAAAACGGCCAUGAAAUCAUCUGGAUUCAUCGACUUCAAGUCCAAGAUUGAAGCUAAAUUAGGCGCAAUUAACGAUCCUUCACUAAUAUCACAACUGGAUUCGAGUAACGCAAACGUGGAUGAGAGCACAUUGCUUUACAACCAGGAGAAUUCACCUCUCUACCGUGGAUACUACCGAAAUCGCAAGAGUCCUCUUGUCAAAAAGCUAAAUCUCCGGCCUAUUCCUAAUGAACCAACUUUGGUGCUGGAUACAUCUCCCUCUUCUUCGAAUUCGUACAUGGACUCACCAGCAACUCCAAAAGAUGGCCAUCAUUUACCGACGCCUGCCAUGGGUGAAUCUAUUUCAACUGCAUCAUCAUCCAAUGCCUCUGUAUCCAACCGCUGGCUGAAAACAUUGUCUCGCAUCAGAAAUAGCUCUAAAUAA